CUCUCAUGCACACAAUCCAUCCUAUAACAAACAUUCUUUUCUUGAUUUUCUUGCCAAAUCCUCCAUGGAAUCUCAGGAUCACUCUCUAAAACAACCUUCUUUCUCUCUUCCAGUAGAUGAUGAACAAAAAGCUACUAAAUUCAAUCCAUUUUCAUUAUCAUCACCUCACAUGCUUGCUUUUCAUCUAUCAUGGUUCUCUCUAUUCUCUUGCUUCUUCUCCACCUUCUGCAUUCCUCCUCUUCUGCCUAUUAUCCGCACUGACCUUAAUCUAACCGAUACUGAUAUAGGAAAUGCAGACAUCGCCUCCUUCGUCGGUUCCAUCUUCUCCCGCCUUGCAAUGGGUCCCAUUUGUGAUCUCAUCGGUCCUCGAGUUGCAUCCGCCAGUCUCUCUCUUGCUACUGCUCCUAUCAUAAUGUGCACUUGUUUUAUCAAGUCUCCUGCUUCCUUCAUCCUAAUUCGGUUUCUAACAGGAUUCUCAUUAGCAAACUUCGUAGCUAACCAGUUCUGGAUGAGCUCUAUGUUCUCAGGCUGUGUCGUAGGUCUAGCCAACGGUGUCUCCGCCGGGUGGGCUAAUGUUGGAACCGGUGUAGCACAACUAAUCAUGCCACAAAUAUACUCACUAAUGAUUAGUUUAUUAGAUACAUCUUCAUCCACUGCGUGGCGAUUCUCAUUUCUUUUCCCAGGAAUUUUCCAAGCUAUAACAGCUUUAAUGGUCUUGGCUUACGGCCAAGAUCAGCCCUCUGGAAAACAUAAAUCCCAGAGGACUUGCAAACCCAUUAAUGAGAACUUUCUUCAAGUUCUGUUUAAUGGUUUAAAGAACUACAGAGGGUGGAUACUAGGUUUAACAUACGGGUACUGUUUUGGGUCAGAAUUGACAACUGAUAAUAUUAUUGCAGAUUACUUUUAUGAGAGAUUUGGGGUGAAUGUUGAGGUUGCAGGGAUGAUUGCUGCAAGUUUUGGAAUGGCGAAUUGCUUUUCGAGGCCAAUGGGAGGGGUUUUCUCAGACAAGAUGGGAAGGAGGUUUGGGGUUAGAGGCAGAUUAUGGGGGCUGUGGGUGGUGCAAACAAUGGCGGGAUUUGCGUGUUUCUUACUUGGAAGAAUGAACUCACUUUGGACUUCUGUUGCUGUCGUGUGUUUGUUCUCUGUAUUUGUUCAAGCUGCUUCUGGCCUCACUUUUGGGGUUGUUCCUUUCGUUUCCAAGAGGUCACUAGGAGUGAUAUCAGGGAUGACAGGCAGCGGAGGAACUUUGGGUGCAGUAGUGACCCAAUUCUUAUUGUUUUCAGGCUCUAGAUUCUCAAUGCAAAAAAGUAUUUCUCUAAUGGGUAUUAUGAUAAUAGUAUGCACUCUCCCUGUCACCUUAAUCUACUUCCCUCGAUGGGGCAGCAUGUUCUGUAGCCCUUCCGGCGACAGAGAUUUGGCCGAUGAAGAUGAUGAAGAACACCGCUACUUGCUUGUAUGAGACACAAAAAGAAAUGAAGUGCAAGAGAUGAACUUUUUCUUUUUCACCAUAUUCACCUCCCUACUAAUUGCUAAAAAAAUUUCAAGGAAUCAACAGAGAGACUACCUACUGCAAGCUGACAACAAUAUUUAUAAUGACACCACAUAAGCUUAGCUUACCGGUAUAUGUUUAUCCCAUAUGGGUAUAAAUCCGAGUUACCAUAUCUCACAAUGACCCAAAAAAUAAUAGUAUACUUGUAAAAUGAAAGAGAAAAGCACACCUGCCUCGGACUUCUUCAAUAGUUUCUCAAAACUGAAUGUUCAACACUGUAGCUUUUUCGCAGAAACAAGUGUUGUUCAUAAUUAUGAGAAUCUAGGAAUAAAUUUGUAA